UGAUUUUCACUCUACCAGAAAAAGCUCACAAAUUUCGGAGUGUUAGGGCAAAGAGAGAGAGAGAUGGCAACUACUGCUUGCUUCUUCCACAACCAUGCUCCCUCCCCGGCCACCGCCGCCGCCACCGCCACCUCAAGGUCUCAGCGCCUUGUACCAAGCAUCCGCCCUACCCAUCUUGUCGUCCGGGCUCAGAGGCAGGCGGCAGCCAUGGCCGAGGAGAACAACUCUACUGCAGUCUCACGCAGAUUGGCUGUCACCAUCCUCAUAGGCGCUGCCACCAUCAGCACCAAGGUCUCACCGGCCGACGCUGCCUAUGGAGAAGCUGCUAAUGUCUUUGGCAAGCCGAAGACUAACACAGACUUCCUCCCCUACAAUGGCAAUGGAUUCAAGCUCUUAAUACCAUCCAAAUGGAACCCAAGCAAGGAGGUAGAAUUCCCUGGCCAAGUUCUCAGAUAUGAAGACAACUUUGACUCUAACAGCUAUGUUUCAGUCAUCGUCACUCCCACAGACAAAAAGUCAAUCACUGAUUAUGGACCACCCGAGCAGUUUCUCUCACAAGUUGGUUUCUUGCUAGGCAAACAGGCUUACUCUGGAAACACACAAUCUGAGGGAGGGUUCGAUGAAAACUUGGUUGCUACUGCUAAUAUACUGGAAUCUUCGGCGCCGGUGAUCAAUGGGAAGCAAUACUAUUUUGUUUCAGUGUUGACGAGGACGGCGGAUGGUGAUGAAGGUGGCAAGCAUCAGCUGAUUUCUGCAGCUGUGUCAGAUGGCAAGCUCUACAUUUGCAAAGCACAGGCAGGUGACAAGAGGUGGUUCAAAGGGGCAAGGAAGUUUGUGGAGAGCGCAGCCAGUUCGUUCAAUUUAGCAUGAUUAAGAAAAUGUUUGCGUCAGGAUUAUAUGUGUUUUAUUUCUUUGGUUGUAAAGUAAUGAGAUUAAUGUUAUCAGAACUGCUAUCUUUGAGGAUCAAAGAAACUGGCAUUUGCUAAAUGAUGAUUCACUUGCAUAUGCAUUAAGAGAGGAUAUUAUAUAUAUGAUGAUAGUAACUCCGAAAAACUUUGCAUUUUA